AUGAAUUCAUAUUCACCACCAUGGAAAAUUUUAAAACCCACCCCUUUGAAUCUUCUUCAAAAAUCAACACUAGAUGAAGAAGAGCCCUAGAUUCUUGAGGGAAGUAGUAAAGAAAUUACUUUUAACGAACUUCUUAUUGUACUAAAUUAUCAUCCAAAUACAGAAGUAACUUAUAUCAAGAGAUAAGUAUUAAAAUGUAAAGGGAUAUCAAAUAUUGGAUGGAUGAACCCUUGUCUUGACUCAGAAAACAAUCAGACUUCAUAAAAUAAAAGGUCAAUUUUAAAACAAACCUAUAAUAGAAGAUUAUAAUGA